AUGACAAUCAGGAAGGUCUUCGAUCGCCUCUACGAUCAGGCAGCUGAGCAACGGGAGCGACGGAGGGUUGAGCGUGAGAAGCGACUAGCAGAGCAAGCCAGGGACGAGGAAGAGACUAUGCUCCCUCUGAAUAGGAAGGCUGGCAAGAUGGAGAGGAAACAAAGUGAUGACUUAUUCGAGCGACUGUAUAACGGAUACGCCGCACGGCGAAGAUUUGUUGAUGAGCAGCGGGAAGCGCAAGCGAAGGAGUUUAUCGAAAUGGCCCAACCUGGCGGCCUUGGACGAAGGCCUGAUAUAGAUCGUAUCAACAGCCUCUAUGAGGACUAUAAAGGGCGGCGGCUGGCAAGGCGGGAGGCGUUCAUAGCUCGGCAGAAAGAGAUUGACGAGAUGGCUCGAGGGUACCGGGAGCGGGAGGAACUCUCAGAACGCCGUAGGCUACUGGUAGAGGCAGCAGAAGAGAAGGAACGGCGCAAGAAGUAUAAGACUAUUGUGAAGCUCCCCAGGGGUGGUCGGUUGCCGACACCACGGUGUGCGAAGAUGCUCAACUGUCAUGGCUUCAAUAUUCCUAUCGAUCCCAACCGUGAGGAGAAGCCUCGAGGGCUGGAUCCUAUACGAGAUGCAGAGGUCCAAGCAAGGGUGGAUAGCCUAUAUAAGGAUGCUAUAGAUCGGAGGGAGCGGCAGAGAGAUAGGGAGGAGAGGAAACAGCUGUUGGACUUGGCAGCGGAUAUAGGAGCUGCUUGUGGCGGUAUGAACGCCAAGGCCUUGUCUUCCACACAGGAGGGCGAUGCUGUCCACGAUAGACUGCAUCGGUCUCGCUUCGCUCCGCCAUGCCGAGUCUCUAGAGUCUUAGCCAAGGAUGAGUGCUGGGAGAAAUUCAAUACGAAGACAUGCUCAGUUCAUGCAUCGCGGCAGCUUACUCCGGACGCUCUCAAGGAGACUUUUGAUAGGCUGUAG